AGCAAAAGAAGAAAAGAGAAUUAAUUUUUUUUUGGCAUUACUGGGUUUUGAACUCAGGACCUCAUACUUGAGAGAUGAGAACUCUAUCAUGUAAGCCAUGCUCCUAGUCCAAGAAAAGAGAUUAAGCAAAUAGAAGAUCAUAAUGACUGAACAGCUGCUAGCUGUAUGGAAGGGAAUGGAUGGAAGGGAAUGGAUAGUUCAUCUGAGAAGGCUUCAAAAAGCCCACAAUGAACAGAGUUAAAGUCCAGAUUCCUAGAUUAUUCUGCAGUAAGAGGAUCUGGGGAGAGUAGAGAGGCAUAUUAAUCAUGCCAAAUUCCUUCUAUUGUCAGGCCUCAUGCUGGACCCAGAAGACUACUGCCUGCACUCAUGUUGCACUUGCCGAAGCAGAGAAGGGAAACAUGGUAGUCGAUGCCAACCCAAAGUGCCAAGGGUCCCAGGAAAAUGCACCAAUUUCUCCUCGAACCAUGAACAGAGCAAGUUCCGGAUGACUGAUUUGUCCUGGAAGGAUUUUAUCAAUGCCUUAUCCCUGGCCAACAUGGUCCUGGGGAUCUUCUCUAUCUUCUGUAGCUUCAGCAGGAAAUACCACUGUGCUUCCUGGAUGCUUCUGAUCAGCUUCCUGUUAGACAUGGCAAUAGGGACGAUGGCCAGACAACUCAACAUCUCCUGCAGGUUGGGAGCGGAGCUGAAUGACUUUGCUGUCUUCACUUCCUUCGGCUUGGCCUCAGCUCUGCUGCUUGGCGUGGAAGGGCCUCUCAAUGGGUUCCUGGCCAUCAUCUAUGUGUUAACAACUUCUUUCCGCCUGUGUUUUUAUUCAUCUGGAGUUCCCUUCUCAUACAAGGGUCUACCGUGCCCCUACGCUUCCUGUGUUUUGGCUUCCACCUCCCUUCUGACCAAAGGCAACACAUUUAUUCUAUGCUGCAUGGCCUCACUCAUGAUUCUUUUCAUGAUCGACCAGAGCUACUACCCACGUGAUGAAAUCUUAGAAUCUGAGAACUGGAAAAAAAUGGUCUAUAUGGGAGGUGUCAUCAUGCUGUUUUUCUUCCCAUUCUCUCUCACUGCUUUUUACUGCCUGAUGUGGUCGCUCUCCUACAUCUUCUUCCCUGAUUCCCUGUGGGGAACGGCAACAUGUCAUGGGCUCUAGCAGCAAGGAAGCCCCAGCUCCAACUCCUGCUGGCCUCUGUGGGGACUGCACCAGCAUGUUGGGCCAAUUCUUGCCUGUCCUCACUAAAGCUUUUCUUGUGCCUGUGUGGUCAAUUCUAGGUACAUGCUAUCUCUAUUGUUUUGGACCACAGCAACUCACAUAGGCACUGCAGAUUUUUUUACUUUUGCUGUUGCUGCCGCCGCCACCUCCUCCUCCUC